AUGGGAACAUGUGCUUAAUGCAAUUCAAAGAUAGAAAUUGUAGAGAGCGACCCUUUGAUUUCUAAACAAAGUGUAUUUUAUAAAUUAAAAGAAUUGAACCAAAAUACAAAAUCAACAAUUUUUCUGACAAUGAGAAGCAAUAAGAAAAUUGAUAAUGAAAAUUUGGGUGAUCAAUCUUUCUAAGUUAGUGAAGUAAAUGAUGAACAAUCAGAUGUUAAGAAUAUACAUGGGAGUGUGAAAUUACGACAGAGAACAUAUAGUUUUCAAGAAUAACAAAUCUAGUAGGUUCAUUUCCAACUCAACGAUCAAAAUGAUUCUGCCAAGGUUAGGUGUUUCAGAUUUACAGAUCCUAAUAUCCCAAGAAAUUUAUCAAAUUCCUCCAGUUCCAAUAGUCAGUUUAAAGAAUUCAAUGCACAUUUCAAAAAAAGUGACAAAUAAAUUAUUGAAUCUGAUGAAAGCAAAUCAAUAAAAAGUAUACUCAAAAAAGAGCCAAGACAAAAGAGUGAAACCAAAUCAGUCCGUUUUGCUAAAAAUAUCUCCACUAGUCAAACAAGGAUAAAAUCUAAAUCAUGUCAUCACAAAUAACAUAAAAAGAAAAAGAAAAUUUUAAAUUAAAUUCAAAGAUAUGAAAAUUAUUAAUUUUGA